AUGUCGAAGACCAAGUCCGUUUCCAAGAAGGGCUCUGAGAAGCCGGUUGACAAGGCCCUGAGCAAGGUCAAGGAUGCCGGUGUGAGCAAGGCUUCCCAGUCCCCCAAGGCCAAGAGCAAGCAGAUUGCUCGUGAGGUCGCCUCCAAGGAGAAGAAGGACAAGAAGAAGAAGAAGGCUCCUACCCCUAGCUCGUCCGAGUCCGAGUCCGACAGCGAUGAGGAGAUGGACUCUGACUCCAGCUCCAGCAGCGAGAGUGAGGAUGAGAAGCCCGCCAAGAAGGCUGAGAAGAAGGGCAAGAAGGAGGAGACCUCUUCCGAGUCCGAGUCUGAGUCCGGCUCUGACAGCGAUGAGGAGAUGAACGAUGCCUCCAGCAGCGAGAGCGAGAGCGAGGAGGAGAAGCCUGCCAAGAAGGCCAAGGCUGAGCCCAAGAAGGCCGCUAAGAAGGAGUCCAGCGACUCUGAGUCUUCUGAGUCCGAGUCCGAGUCUGAGGAGGAGAAGUCCGUUAAGAAGGAGACCAAGAAGGCCGAGUCUUCUUCCGACUCUGAGUCUGAGUCUGACUCCGAGUCUGAGGAGGAGGCCCCCAAGAAGGCCGCCAAGGAGUCCAGCGAGAGCUCUGACUCUGACUCCGACUCUGACUCCGAGAGCGAGGAGGAGACCAAGGAGAAGAAGGCUGAGAAGGAAUCUUCCGACUCUGACUCUUCCGACUCUGACUCCGACUCUGACUCCGACUCUGAGGAGAGCGAGGAGCCCAAGAACUCCAAGAAGCGCAAGGCUGAGGAUGAGUCUUCCGCCACCCCCAAGAAGUCCAAGACCGAGGAGCCCGCUGCCGGUGCUUCCGCCAACCUCUUCGUCGGCAACCUGUCCUGGAACGUCGAUGAGGCCUGGCUCACCCAGGAGUUCGAGGGCUUCGGUGAGCUCACUGGUGUGCGUAUCAUGACUGAGCGUGACACUGGCCGCUCUCGCGGAUUCGGUUACGUUGAGUUCGCCAACGCCGUCGAUGCCGCCAAGGCCUUCGAGGGUAAGAAGGACACCGAGAUUGAUGGACGUACCAUCAACCUCGACUACGCCACUGGCCGCCCCGCCAACCGUGACCAGCAGGGUGGUGGCUUCAAGGACCGUGCCAACAACCGUGCUCGUUCCUUCGGUGACCAGGCCAGCCCCGAGAGUGACACCCUCUUCGUCGGCAACAUUGCCUUCGGUGCCAACGAGGACUCUCUCCACGAGCUGUUCGGUGCUAAGGGAAGCAUUCUCGGCAUCCGUCUCCCCACCGACCCCGAGUCGGGCCGCCCCAAGGGUUUCGGUUACGUCCAGUACUCGUCUGUUGACGAGGCCCGUGCCGCCUACAGCGAGCUCAACGGCGCUGAGCUGGAGGGCCGCCCCGUUCGUCUGGACUUCAGCACUCCCCGUGCCAACAACGGCGGUGGUGACCGUGGUGGUCGCGGCCGUGGUGGCUUCGGUGGUCGUGGACGCGGUGGUGACCGUGGUGGCCGUGGCCGUGGUGGCUUCGGUGGCCGCGGUGGCGGUGCCCCCAACAAGGCCCGUGGUGGUAUCCCCGAGUACAAGGGCACCAAGGUUACCUUCUAA